AUGAAGCAAGAUAACGUGAUUGCUGAAUUCAAGCAAUAUGUCGAUGAAUACGUCCAGCAGCAUAAUUGCUACGGCAUGAGGGGAUACGAUGCAUACGAGGACAAGCAUGUAGCAUUUGUUCCCCGGUGCGCACUCGAGACUUAUUGGACGAAGGAAAACAUGAGACGCGUUCUGUAUAGUCGAGAAGACUGGAUCAAAGACACUAUUUCCACCAUCCAGCCGCAAUAUCUCAUUGUUUUCUCCAUCCUCGUCUACAUGUCCCAGCCACAGCACAUCUCACUAUUCACAGGAGAGUUCAUCAAAGAUACAUCACUGCCGCUGGCAGAUAACCCGCAUGCGUAUUCUGAAAAGGAGGAUUCGGAAGAGAAGAGGGUCUUUGAGGAGUUCCAGAAGGAGCAAUGGAGAUUCUACCCCUUCUUGUUCAAGACUGAUGGAGGGCCUAAGCCGCGAAAGAGACAUCUACCACCUCUGCAAAUCAUUCCCAUCAUGGCGAAAGACCGCAUCGAGCAUUCAGGGAACGUCCAAGAGGACAAUAUUUGCGUGUAUCGAGUACAGCUACACUCGCAAUGCUUUUCUCAGCAGUUCGUGGUUUUUAAAACUUAUCGCGACAUAAAUGAGGAGGUUAAGCAACUUUAUGAGAACGAAGUUGAUAUGUACACGCAGCUCGACGACCAGACCACAUCGUAUGAUUCCAUCAUCAAGUAUUUUGGCUCAUUUGAAAUUCCCGGUUUACGGACUAUCAUACUUGAAUACGCCCCAGGCGGAAACUUGCAGUCCUUCUUCAAAGCGUAUCCUCCUCCUCUGGCCCACUCAGAUCGCAUCCUUUUCUGGGAUAGCUUGAUGGGCCUUUUGGGCGGGCAAGAUACCAAGGGCUGGGAUUGA